AUGGUUUCGGAUGGUGUACUCCGAUACCUUCAACUCUCGGGCCAUCUGAAGUAUACUGCGCUUCGGAUUCCGGCCGAUGCGCUUUCGGACGAGGUCCACGAGUUGAUUCGUCAUCACAGUGGGGGAGGUCUUCCUGAUCUUGGACUUUCUUCGAUCGUGCUAAACGUUUGGAACUUGCUGGUGAUCUGUGCGACCGUUACCCGAGUCAAACCGAGGGAUCGUGCGAUCUCGGCCUUCGUCUUUCGAUUUUUGCAGUCAGUGAAUAUCCACGGAACAUAG